ACACACACACACACACACACACACACCCCUCGGUAUUUUAUGAACUACGUUGGGCUGAAUGGGAGGAGAUAAGAGAAGUGAGCAGAGGAACACUGAGAGACGAGUUAAUCUGAAGGAGAAGGAAGAUCAACUCAAACAGUUAAAGAGACCCGGAGGAGAAGGAUGUCACUAAACACCACCGAUCUCUAUGGCAAUGACUCAUUUUCCUGCGCCUCCCCCUCGGUGGAAGGUUACCGCUACUUCGGUGUGUUCUGGGGUUGCGUCGUGACCGUGGUGGGAACUCUGGGGAAUGUCCUGACCGUUCUAGCCUUCGCCACUGACGCCCGUCUGCGCACUCGCUUCAACGUCCUCAUUGUGAAUCUGGCACUGGCCGACAUCCUGUACUGCACCAUCCUGCAGCCAGUGAGCGUUGACUCCUAUCUGCACCUGCGCUGGAGGGGUGGAGCUACCUGGUGUCAGAUGUUCGGGCUCCUCCUGUUCCUGUCCAACAGCGUAUCGAUUAUUACGUUGUGUCUCAUUGCUCUGAGUCGAUACCUGGUGGUUGCUCAUCGGACUUCACGAGUCGCACAACGUCUGUUGUCUCAGACGGGCGUCGCCAUGCUCCUCGUAAGUUCCUGGGCACUCGGUCUUGCCAGCUUUGCUCCUUUGUGGCCUGUCUAUGUCUUCGCACCUCAGGUGUGCACAUGCAGCUUCCACCGCAUCAAAGGUCGCCCUUACACCACCAUCCUGCUCUUUUUGUACUUCUUCCUCGGGUUGGGCUUCGUUGGACUUUUCUACUUUCUGAUCUAUCGCAAGGUGCGUGUCGCCGCAAAGGCGCUGAUCAAGUACAGGCCAAGUCGACGUUCCUCAAGACGCAAACAGCCUGAGCCCGAAGGCACGGAUGGGGACGAUAGCGGGAUUGGGAUUGGGACUGCAGCGACUCAGAGCAGUGAAGUCAGUGAGCAAGCUGUAGAGAUACAUCACAGCAAGACCAGCACGAACGAGCCUCAAACCAGUUCCAGUGUCACUAAUGCUGUUAAUGUGGUAUCAAACGGAACAAAAGAUUCCCCCAAAGCGGCAGCUCCAACUCCAGCUGCAAAACCAGCCCAAGCAACAUCCUCAGGAGAAGACAACGAGUUUAAACGUGUAACUCGGAUGUGCUUCACUGUCUUCCUGUGCUUUGUAGGAUGCUUUGCGCCUUUUCUGAUCCUGAACAUAGUGGAUAAAAAAAGCCAAGCUCCACAAGUGGUCCACAUGUUCUGUGCAAACCUCACAUGGCUUAACAGCUGCAUCAACCCGUUGCUGUACGCAGCCAUGAACCGUCAGUUUAAUCAGGCCUAUCAGGACCUGCUGGCCAAAGCAGCGUGGCCAAUAAUGCACUUAUGGAAAAAGAGAUGAAAGAUAUGUAGCUAAAGAUUCAUCAACCAAGAUACUCCUCGCUGCAGAACAAAAAUCCACUGGGUGGAGCCGGACCUGAUUCAACCGUUCCUAUAACCUCUAAUACAUGAGACAAUCCACAACAUGGAACAACAAACAUACUUACUCAAGUCUGAAGACUCCAACCUCUGGGUUUUUUUGGUUCUGCACCGAGGUGUACUUGCAUCAACCUGCAGAGACUCUCACUAAUCAUAACUAAUACUAGUCAAUGCUAAUGACGCACAAAGCAAAACUACUGACUCGAGCUUGACAGAAUCUGUCAUCAACAACAGCUAGUUCCAUAACGCCUUAUUUACUAACAUUAAGAGAAAUACCUGAUUAAAUGUAAACUAAAGACCCUUUAUCUAUAUCUAUAUCUCUUUUUGAAGUAUUUUUGUAUCUUUACUGCGUGUAUUUGAAGACUGUAUAUUGUUAAUAAACUCCGAAAAGCCAGUUUCUGCCUCACACUGCUCAUGAGACAUAAAUAUUCACAAAUCAGAUCAUGUUCGAGCACGUAACCGCAACGCAUGAACUCGGCUGUCCUGAAGCUUACAAAGUUACAACUUUAACGUUACAAAGCGCUGACACUGGAGACUCCUUACAGAAAACGGCACCAUAUCAAUGGUUACAGGCCGGUUUUACAAGUCCCUGUGAACGAACUGUUACUAUAGAAACGACAACAUACUAGGACCUGUGUGCUAUUUUACUGAUCUUUUCCACACUACUCUGUGUGGAAUCUGCUGGUCUGAAUCAAAAGUUAUUCUCAGAAAUGAUUUUUAUUACUACAAUGUUAUAGCUGGUACAACUUAAUUUUUUUAGUAAAGCUUUUUCCUGGAUAGAUUAUAUUACACUGUAUUCAGGAGGAUUCGCGAUACAUACAGUUAUGUGCAACAGCUUGUGCCCAUUUGUUUUAUAAUGGGGGGGGGGUUUAAAAAAAUACAAGUUAAAAAUGCAGUGGUUGUCUGUUAGCAAGGAAGUGACGGUAACAUAAAUGAUCAUAACUGUGCUUAUAAUUCUUUGUAAGUUGUUAAUUGUAAGCGUUUUAUUGUAAAACAAAAAAAAAGAUAAUUAUGCCUAAUAAAGUUUUAUUAAGGUACUAUAAAUAAUUUUACUAUUACUAAUAAUUUGAAAAUAAGUUGAUAAUUUGGUGCCUUUGCGUUAGUUAUUUUAUUAUUUUAGAAAUACACACACACACACACACACACACACACACACACACACAGAUGCACAUAUUCACUAGUAAGAUAACUCUGGUUCAUUUUUGGAUGUUUUGGAAUAUAUAUUUUUUGUAAUAUGCCUUUUUUUAAUUUUGAUAUUAAAAUGUUCCAACUUCAA